GCUGCCUUUGUUCUAGAGGAUGUUUGCCCAGUAGCGUUUAGCAAUGUACGAGCUACAGGUGAAUGGGGCGAUGGAGGUGUCCUGUCAGUUUUCACCACGAGUGCAACCAGCAGUUGGUUUUCUAGCGCCCCCACCGCCGCUGCUACCCUCUUCGCCGAGAGCGGCACCUGUUGAUCUUUCUACAUGGGCGAAGCCGCGAUCGCCGUCACGUCACCGGUGUUUGAUAUCCUUGUGGUUAAUGGGGGUCGACCGCGAACAGCGCCAACCGCGCCACCAGCAGAAAGCAGUCCAAGUCACUACCCGGACGGUGCACACGCCGCUUGAGAGCUUUGAGAACAGGCAGUUUGCCGAGCACCCGCGUAACGGCGUGGCAGCAGAAGAAGCGGGAGUGGCACGCUUGGCAGCAGGAUUGCUGUGCCUGGAAAGACAAAUACCAGACCAGAUUAUGAGGGGACUGGAGGAGUUCGCGGACAACGCCGCCCCUUUCAAGGUCGAGGUGCUACGUCCCGGCAGCAGGCGGGGUGACUCUGACGACGCCGACAACGAAGGAGAAGGUUGGCUAGACAAGAUAGCAGCAAGCAUCGGCAACAGCAGUUCUUCUUCAAACGCUGGUGGAAGAGACAACGAGGGCGAGGAACGGCGAUCGGAAAACUUGGCAAGAAGAAGAGUACAAGGCGAAACACUCCAAGAUUACGAGAGCCCUCUCAACCUGAAUCUGCCGAGCCUACAGCAGCAGCUCGAUGUCGAGGCUCAGGCAGCCGUGCGCUGGCUAAAGGCGGACAUCAAACGCGUGGCGAGGAUUUUCGCCCGAGAGAUUUCCGUCCUAUCCGACGAGCCUGGCGAAACUUCUCUGCUCGGCGUCGCCACGGAACCGUCGGCGGGGAAGGAUGAAAGAACCUUCGACGUGACGGUGAAGCUAGAGUUGUUGAAGCGGGGAAAGUGCCCACGGUUCCAUCUUGACAAGGUGCCGAUACGACUGAUCUGUACGUACGUAGGGCCAAGUACCGAAUGGCUCGACGCCUACGACAAAUGGGAGAUGGAAAACAACAGGAGUAUGCCCCCGGCGUGCAACGUGAAAAUCAGCGGGGGGCGGGAGGCUCAACGCGCAAGGCCGGGGGAUGUCCUUAUUUUCAGGGGGAAGCCGCAAGGCGGUUUGACAAAAGGCGGCGGCAGCGGGGCGUUCGCCGUCGCCCACCGAUCUCCGGAUACCGUCGAAGGCCAGAGGAGACUGCUGCUGACGAUGGAUGCCGGCGAAUUAAUUACCAAGGCUCCUGUGUCUCCCGCUUGACGAUCCCAUGUACAUGCACUACAUAGUUGUAGGUUGGUUUCCUGUCCCCCGAUGGUAAAUAUUUGUGGCGCGAUGUCGAUUCCUGUGGAUUGAUGGUAAUUCCCAGGGUUCCCAAGGGCGCCAUUUGUACAAAAACUAGAAUAGCGAGAAUACCAUGGAGGGUUUUUCCGGGCAAGUGAUUUUUUGCGUCUUCUUGUUCGUCCCAUCGACUCUGGGAGCCUGUCUACUGCCUACACCUUUCGGCAUUCGUUUUGUGCACCAGCCGAGGUCACACACGAGACCGGUACACUUAGGGUUUUCUUUGUUGGGGAAGAUGUCAGUCAUGUUGUUGCAGCUAUCCAUGGGCAGCUUGUUCCCUUCAGUUUGAGCGUGAGAGACAUUUUUUGCCGUUGGUCACUCGUGCACGUCGAGUUUGAUUUCUCUCCUCUGGUGUUCGGCGUCCCGUAGGUCUUUGGUGUGUAAAAAGGAAAAAAGGAAAAUGACGACAAACCACGGAGGCAACAAGUUAGAAGGCGUAGUUGUGGAGCAUGUGUACCCGGUCAGGAGCGCAG